CAUGGUCAGUCGUGUAACUGCCUUUGUCCGUGUUAGAAAUCUUUGCCAACGAUGUCGACCUCCUUUCUACCGCGUGGUUUAUCGUCCUUUCUGUUUAAAUCGUUUGCCAUCGGCUCAUCGACCACCACCGGCCGUUUGACCGGGGCCAAUCAAUCGCUGUUCCACUCGACCAGUAACACCGAGCCGGAUGAUUCCAUCCGGUUUGAUAAACUACAAACCGUUCCCAGUGCCUGUAUUCAGUUGUUCGUGACCCUCGCAUUAACGGUCGUAUCGGUGAUCUACACCUUGCAGCAGUGUGACACCAGCACGGUCUGUCUUUACUACUACAUGCUGCUGUAUCUACGGGGCGUCUACUGGGGGAUAGUCUACUUAAUCCAUCUGUACAGCAAAAGCCGCCAUCAAGGUCUUAACCGUUGCGGGCACCAUACGUUUGCCCGGAAGAUGCAUCGGCACAAAAAGUCCAGCCUGCAGCUGGUGACGCUAUCGAAUACGGUACUUCUGCUGGUUCACACGGCUCUCGGCCACUAUUACGGUGGCCAGUUCAUUCAGCGGUGCUUUGUGGAGGGAUUCUCAUCGGUAGUGUUCGUCACGUCGAUCACGCUGCUCGAGAGCAUCGUAAUUGUACCGGUACAGCUAUCCUACAUCGUGCAAGUUCGUGUAUUCAACCUAACCCGUCCAUCGCCCGACGCCCAGCAGAGUACCAAUGACUUGAGCCUGCAGGUCUGCCCCAACGAGGAGUAUAGCGUGAACGACAGCUUCAAAAGCGUGACGGAUCCGAAGGAGUUCAUUCAGCUGCAAUCGGCCAUGAUAAGCAAGCUGAGGGAGGAGAAGGAACAGCUUCGGGCGAGGAUACGGGAGGCGCGCAACAUGGUCGAGCUGGCCCCGAACCAAUCGCUGAACUACUCGCUAGCCGAGCAGUCCCUCAUCGGAGGUUUCUGAAACAUGAAAUACGGUUCCAUACUGGGGAUACUGUGUACAAGUACACAAUUUGGAGUGUAAUUUAAAUAAACAAUUCAUUUUUGUUAGUUUCGCAUGCAUGUUUUGAUAAUAAAUAUCUUAAAUCAUCGUCUA